CAGUUUUGCAUAUGGUGUAUUCGUUAGCGCGGGAAGUUCUAGUCGCACGGAACUGAACUCAUGUUGUCACCAUAUAACAUGAUAUAUUAGCGCAGUUUCAUAGAUACCGCUUUUGGUUAGUUCUGUGAAUUAGUUUCGGGAUCUUACUGGUCUUUGGAAUUGCUGCCGUCACCUCCUCUUCGUUUCGGUUCUGUUCUAUGCUUUGGAAGCGGAAAUCAUCUGAAUCGAUUUUGUUGGGCCAGUCGUGGUGUUACAAUGCCUGUAUCGUUAAAGAGCAUUGAAGAAGAGCUGAAAGUCUUUGAUGUCCAAUUUGAAGAUGAUGACGUCCCUGAGAAAUUGGUGGAACUCUGCUCAGUUCACCGUCUGAGUGAAGAAAACAUGGUCAACGAAUGGAUGGCUUUCAGCACUACCCGUAGUUUACGGCUCACAGUUGGCAACCUCAGCCUUCUGGAACAUGAGGUUUUGAAUAAAAAAAACAUGAAUCCACGGCAUCAUAUGAAGAAAGAAAAGCACUGUGGCAACAGAGACUUUAACACUAUUGAAGAGCUUAUUGUGGUAGAGACUGAAGAAGAGAACCUCCUGGAUUCGUAUUCCACACCUGCCAAGGGAUCACAGAAGCGCAUUUUAUCCACACCAGAAAAUCCUCAAUCCAAACGGAUUUCAUCUAUAAAUCGAAGCCCCCACCUUCUGUUCUCUCCUGCCAGCUUUUCACCCAGCGCAACUCCAUCUCAGAAGUACAGCUCUCGUGGGAACCGUGGGGAGGUAGUGACAUCCUAUGGUGAAAUACAAGGGACAACCUGGAGCGGGGGCAGUGGAAAAAACACCACUGUAGAAAUGCUCACUUGCCAUGAGGAGCCUCUUACCAAGUCUUACAAGUAUAUGUUCCAAAAGCUGACAGACAUCCGGGAAGUUCUAAGCAGUAAAAUAGAAGAGCUUGGUGAGUCUCUGAAAAAUAAUUUCCAUAUUGAGGAAUUUACAUCUGUUUCUUUCCCAGCUCAGGAAAAUGUGACUGUACUUGGGCAGAUUUGCUGUGACAGUAAUGGGAAAUUAAAUUCAAAAUCUGUAAUCCUUGAGGGGGACCGAGAGCACUCCUCAGGGAUGCACGUUCCUGUGGACCUGACAGAACUGAAGGAUUAUUCAUUGUUUCCAGGACAGGUGGUUGUUAUGGAAGGCACUAACAGCACUGGAAGAAAGUUUGUUGCUACAAAACUUUAUGAGGGGGUCCCGCUUCCCUUUCAUCAGCCUAAUAAUGAAUUCCAAGAUUGUCCAGAGCAAAUGGUGCUGGCAGCCUGCGGCCCCUUCACAACGUCAGACUCCAUUACCUAUGAUGCAUUGAAGGACCUUGUUGAUGUUAUUAAUAGAGACCAGCCAGAUAUUUGCAUCUUGCUUGGGCCAUUUUUGGAUGCCAAACAUGAACAAAUAGAGAACCUGCAGCUCACAGUAAAGUUUGAAGAUGUGUUUAAGCAAUGCCUUAAAAUGAUUAUUGAAGGGACACGUCCAUCUGGCUCCCAUUUGGUAUUUGUGCCCUCCUUUCGAGAUGUCCAUCAUGACCCUAUCUAUCCUCAGCCUCCCUUUAGCUGCUAUGAGCCACUCAAGGAAGACAAACAGAGAGUUCAUUUUGUGGCAGAUCCAUGCACUUUGACAGUGAACAGUGUAGUCAUUGGCUUAACUUCCACAGAUUUGCUCUUCCACAUGGGUGCUGAAGAAAUAAGCAGUAGCUCAGCAGGUGCACCAGAUCGAUUCAGCCGCAUCCUUAAACAUAUUCUCACUCAGCGAAGUUAUUAUCCACUGUAUCCACCAAGUGAGGAGAUAAAUAUUGAUUAUGAAGGUCUCUAUAACUAUGCCCUCAUGCCUGUGACUCCAGAUGUCUUUAUUAUACCCUCUGAGCUUCGCUAUUUUAUUAAGGACAUUAGUGGCUGCAUCUGCAUUAACCCGGGACGUCUAACUAAGGGUCUGGUUGGGGGCACCUACGCUCGCUUUCUGGUGAAAAAGGAAGCAGUUGGCCCUGAAGGAAGAAAAUCUCCCUGUAUAUCUGCACAAGUAGUGAGAGUCUAAUGAUUCCAAAUAACUUUUGGAUUUUAAUGAUUACAAUACCUUUUAUUGGGAGCAGUGCAGAGGAACACACCAGCAAUGAUAAGAGGACUUUAUGAUCAAGAACCAAAGUUGUUUUACUUUAUCAUUGUAAUGAGACCUUUUCAAAACAUGCUUAUGUCAAUAUUGUUUGCCUUGUCGCCUCUUAGACAUACCUACAUUCUUGUAUGGGUAAGGUCUGAUUGCAACUUUUCAGCAUUAAAGAGGUGGUCGUCCGUUCUA